CUAGGCAUUGGAGGAAAUCUUCUCAAAUCUGUCAUCCUCACACGGAAACAUAGUUCAACUACAGAUUCUGUCCUGAUUUACUGAUUGUUAUAUUUCGGCAUUGGAGCCUGGAAACAUUCAAUAAGUUUUACUUUUAGGUUGCAUUGCAUCUCCGCCAUGGGCCAUAACAAACCUGCACGCAAACAGGCUAAAAAAGGUUUCUUCUGAAGCACUUAGUGGGGGUUAGGAUGGGAGAAACAGAAGCGGAUGGAACCAAAAUGGCAAACGUGGAAGAGCCCCAACCAGUACCUGCUGUCAGUAAGAGCGCCAAGAAAUCCGAGGGCCACUCAGUCUUCACCUGGCUCAUAGUGUUGGCUCUGUUGGGGGCCUGGAUGUCUGUGGCUGUUGUCUGGUUUGACCUAGUUGAGUACAACAAUGUUGUGGGAACACUUGGAAAAGUGUAUGAUGCUGAUGGUGAUGGUGACUUUGAUGUAGAAGAUGCCAAAGUUCUGUUGGAGGAAUCACCUGUGACCAAGAAAGCUAAGAGAGCAAGCAGAGAGAGCAUUUCUCCGACCACUAAAAUAAAGAAUGCAAGCAAAGAUGAGAAAGAAGAGAUUCUUAAGAAAAUUAGAGAACCUUCUACCAGACAAAUUGGGCACAAACUGAAAGCAGCUCUGAAGGAGCAGCUUCGGAUGAUCCAUGAGAAGAUUGAGGCUAAAAAGAUUGCUAAGCUAGCACUGGCUGAGGUCCGAAGCAUUCUUGCCAACGAGGAACAAGAGAGAAAAGCCAUCCUCGCUGCCAAAAAAGCCAAAGAGGAAGCUAAACUGCUUCAAGAGAAAGCAAGAAAAAAGCAUGAAGAGCAAUUAGCCAGAGAGAAGGCGGCUCAAGAGAGAGCUGAGCAAGAGAGGCUUGCUAAGCUGAAGGCAGAAAAGGAAAAGCUAAUUAAAGAGAAAGCAGAAAAAGAAAGGCUGGCUAAGGAGGAAGCUGAAAAGGAAAGGCUAAGAAAAGAGCAAGCAGAAAAAGACAAACUAGCAAGGGAGCAAGCAGAGAAGGAGAGACAAGAAAGAGAAAGACUGGCUAAAGAGCAGGCAGAGAAAGAGAGAGCAGAGAAGGAAAGGCUUUCAAAAGAAAAAGCUGAAAAAGAGAGAGCAGAACAAGAAAGGUUGGCAAAAGAGCAAGCAGAAAAAGAGAAAGCAGAACAAGAAAGGCUAGCAAAAGCAAAGGCAGAAAAGGAAAGACUAGCAAAAGUAAAGGCAGAAAAAGAGCGAGCAGAACAGGAAAGACUAGCAAAAGAAAGGGCAGAACAGGAAAGACUAGCAAAAGAAAAGGCAGAACAGGAAAGACUAGCGAAAGAAAAGGCAGAACAGGAAAGACUAGCGAAAGAAAAGGCAGAAAAGGAAAGACUAGCGAAAGAAAAGGCAGAAAAGGAAAGACUAGAGAAAGAAAAGGCAGAAAAAGAGAGAGCAGAAAAGGAACGACUAGCAAAAGAAAAGGCAGAAAAAGAGAGAGCAGAAAAGGAAAGACUAGCAAAAGAAAAGGCAGAAAAAGAGAGAGCAGAAAAGGAAAGACUAGCAAAAGAAAAGGCAGAAAAAGAGAGAGCAGAAAAGGAAAGACUAGCAAAAGAAAAGGCAGAAAAAGAGAGAGCAGAAAAGGAACGACUAGCAAAAGAAAAGGCAGAAAAAGAGAGAGCAGAAAAGGAAAGACUAGCAAAAGAAAAGGCAGAAAAAGAGAGAGCAGAAAAGGAAAGACUAGCAAAAGAAAAGGCAGAAAAAGAGAGAGCAGAAAAGGAACGACUAGCUAAAGAAAAGGCAGAACAAGAAAGGCUAGCAAAAGAAAAAGCAGAAAAAGAGAGGGCUGAAAAGGAAAGACUAGCAAAAGAAAAGGCUGAGAAAGCAGAACAAGAAAGGCUAGCAAAAGAAAAAGCAGAAAAAGAGAGAGCAGAAAGGGAAAGACUAGCGAAAGAAAAGGCAGAAAAAGAAAGGUUAGCAAAAGAGAAAGCAGAAAAAGAAAGGCUGGCGAAAGAAAAAGCAGAAAAAGAAAGAGCAGAAAAAGAACAGCUAGCAAAAGAAAAAGCUGAAAAAGAGAGAGCAGAAAAAGAGAGGCUAGCGAAAGAAAAAGCUGAAAAAGAGAGAGCAGAAAAAGAGAGGCUAGCGAAAGAAAAAGCUGAAAAAGAGAGAGCAGAAAAAGAAAGGCUAGCAAAAGAAAACGCUGAAAAAGAGAGAGCAGAAAAAGAAAGGCUAGCAAAAGAAAACGCUGAAAAAGAGAGAGCAGAAAAAGAAAGGCUAGUGAAAGAAAAAGCUGAAAAAGAGAGAGCAGAAAAAGAGAGGCUAGCGAGAGAGAAAGCAGAAAAGGAAAAGCUAGCGAGAGAGAAAGCAGAAAAGGACAGGCUAGCAAAAGAAAAGGCAACAAAACAAAAGGCUGGGGCAGAAACACUGGAUAAAGUGGGAAAAGAAAAGGCACCAGAGAAAGGCAAGGGCAAAGAAAAAGCAAAAAAACUAAGUGAGAAGUUUAAACAAUCUGAAUCAAUGAAGGAUUCAGUGUCUGGUCAGACUAACGAUGAGAAGGAGGAGAAAAAAGCUUCUAACAAAGAUCUCCUGAAAUCUUCAAUCUGGAAAAGCAAAAAAACGACCAGUUAAAUGCAGUGUAAGGUUUGUGUAAGGUUUGAUUUAAACCCAGUGAAAACAAAAUGACACAUGAGAAGUGUCUGAUAGGACAAGGUCAACUAAUUCUAGAAUGGUCUAAAGUCCUCUGUUUAUUUUGGAUUGAAUACACUGCACAUUUCAACCUGAUGCAGUGGAGAUCAUGUUUUGGUUCUUGGAGGCUGACGUUCUCGUAUUCUGCUUUGGAUCGUCCGAAGUACAGGAACUUUUGAGUACUGGAGUACGUUUGGGUUCUGGAGUUUAGACGACUUUUUGGUGCAUAUUUGUGAUGAUACCUUAAUAGAAUGUAUUGAGUUUUUAGUGAAAGGGUACAUUCUAUUUAGUGUAAUAGAUAUUUGAAGAAAGGCUAAAAAUGCUAAAAAUGAGCAUUUAAUGUUGUUUGAUUGCUUUUAAUAUUAGCUUUUAAAAUUGUUUUCUUGAUUUGUUCCUAUUUAAACUUUAGUCAAAUGCUCUGUUACCUAUAAUAAAUGAUGCAUAUAUAUUCUUUUGUCUGUUAUUUAAAAAUUGAAGAGAUGUAGCAGUUUAUUUAAUGUAUUUUAAUAUUAUUUUGGUUCUCAUACUGGUGCUCUUAUUUUUGUUUUAUUUUUUCAUUUUUAAAAGCUGACAUGUUUUCUAUCAUGUAUUUUCUAUCAUCUUUAUAUCUAUUAAGGAGGACAAAAUUAGCAUUAUGGUUCUACACUUGAUCAACAGAAUUCUCUCUCUUAAAGAUGAUUAAAUGAAUGAUUUAAAUAAAAUCAAUAGACAAUACAAUCUAAACUUGUUGACAUCAUGCACGGUGGAAAAUACAGAAACAUUUAGUUCGAAACACCUACAUUAUCGUUGAUUUUUUCUUUCUUUUUCUUUUUUUAAAUGUGAAAUAUGGAACCACCAAUUAAAAUAAGCAAUGUUUAGAUGAACAAUAGUGUUUAUACAUGAAUAUUUACCUAUACAAUAUUUAUUUAUUCAUUACAAGUCUAUAUAUAGAAUAUAUGUGACUAGAGUGUGUGUAUGUGUAUAUGUGAUUUAUGAAAUUGUGUUUGGUCAGAAAUAAAGAAGUCCGAUUGUUGUUCCUAUUACAUGUGAACGCUGUUCUCUAUUAAAAUGUAUCGUAGCAGCUUAAUUGUACAAGGCUCAGACUUGUAUAUUUAUUUAUGUUUGUUUGGUGUCAUUUCUGUAUGGAGAAAGGUGCGUGUGUGUCGGUGUGUGUGAACUUAUGAAUGUUUUGCAACACACUACCAAGUGUGGGCAAAUAAUGAGGAAGACAGGCUUGGAACAAGUCAAAUGGUGCUUUAAUCUUUGUAUGUUUACUUUUGCUAUUACUCUCUCUCUCCUCUCUCUCUUCUCUCCUCUCUCUCUGCUUUCUUUUGUCCCCUUUUUAUUCACUCAACUGCUCCGCUCCACUGCAUCACAGAACAUUCAUUAGUAGAACCCGACCCCUUCCUUCUCCACCCUCCACUCACACUUCGGUGCUCGAGCAGGCCCGCGCUGCCACUGUCUUCAUGAGCACCAAAUGGGAAAGUUUUCUGUUUACUUAUUGAUUGUCUGUGAUAUAAUAAGUAACAUGUAGUUAAGGUUUAGUUUCUGCUUCUUUCU